AUGGUGGAGAACAAAGCUCAUGACUAUGCGGUUGAUAAUUGGACUUUGGGUAUCCUCUGUUAUGAGUUUUUGUAUGGUGCGCCUCCAUUUGAGGCAGAGAGCCAAUCAGAUACAUUCAGAAGGAUUAUGAAGGUUGACCUCAGCUUCCCUUCCACCCCUUAUGUGUCUGCAGAAGCUAAAGAUCUCAUUAGCCGGCUUCUAGUGAAGGACUCGUCAAAAAGGCUCUCUCUUGAGAAGAUCAUGGAGCACCCUUGGAUAAUUAAGAAUGCUGAUCCCACAGGUACCUGCUGA